CCGCUAUGCUCUACCACCAACCACACUCCGUCUCCUCAGUCCUCGCAAAUCCAAAAGCUUCUCCAAUGGCUAUGGCGACCACUCUCUCUUCUCUCACCUCAUCCUUUUCUUCUCUCUCCUUCUCUUCCCAAAUCUCGUCCAAACCCUUUCAUUCCAUCUCUUUCGCUCCGCCGAAGCCCUUCUCUCUGAAAUCGGCCGCCCCCAAAUUCCCCGCCCUAAUCGUCGCCUCCUCCGCCGCCGAGGUUGACUCUUCCGCCGCCGAGUUCGACUUCUCCGCUGCCGAGGUCGCUUCCUCCCCCGACGAGGUCGCCGACUCGAACGUCGUCGAGGCGGUGGACAUCAAGAAGCUGGUGAAAUCCCGGCUUCCCGGUGGGUUUGCGGCGCAGACCUUAAUCGGAACUGGCCGCAGGAAAUGCGCCAUUGCUCGGGUUGUCCUUACGGAAGGCACCGGAAACGUUUACAUCAACUGUCGGGAGGCUAAGGAAUACCUUCAAGGGAAUCCUGAAUGGCUGCGGUACGUGAAGACUCCUCUUGAGGCGUUUGGCUAUGAGAAUAGCUAUGAUGUGUUUGUGAAGGCACAUGGGGGCGGUUUAUCCGGUCAGGCUCAAGCCAUUUGCCUUGGCGUUGCUCGAGCUUUGCUGAAAGUGAGUGCCACUCACAGACCAACUUUGAAGGAGAAAGGUCUACUCACUAGGGACACUAGAGUGGUUGAGAGGAAGAAGGUUGGGUUGAAGAAAGCCAGAAAGCGCCCUCAAUACUCCAAACGUUGAGGUUAGAGAUGUUAAUUGUGCCCGAUAUGUUGUGAUAUGCGCAAAAUUGUGGAAAGAUCUUAAAAGCUGUGUUUGUACUUUCCUGUGAUCUGUAAAUUCUUCAUUUUGAAGGUUGUUUUUAUACCAAGCUUGCGGAUAUUGGGGGAGAGUUUUUGUGACGAAAUGAAUUGUAGUUGCCGCAUGUAGUUUGUUAAUUUUCCAGAUAUGUUAACUGAAAUCUAUUCAUAACUUCACAAUUGGCUUGUCAUGGAUGACAUAUGAGUCCUUGACAUUCGGAAAUUCAGAUUAGAUUGGGACUUGUGCCAAGUACAAUAGAUUGUGUGAAAAUUUAAUUUGUUGCCAAGUUGUUGCCAGAAACGUUGAAGUGCAUCCCUUAGCACUUUUGAAAAGAUAAAACACACACACACACACUCAUGCAGUCAAUGAGUUAGGGAUAUUGUUAAUUGGUUUAGUGACUCUAGUCUUU